CGAAACGAUGAAAGAAGACAAUAAGAAAGAAGACAAUACCGUCCGACGAGCUAUGCACGAGAUGCCAAUGGCGAGUGUUCUUCCCGUUGCCCUGCGGUUGACUGUUUUCCUCUGCUUCCUCACCCUGUCGAGUCACGGCAGCCUCCAGACCCUCCCCUACUCCGCUGAUGCCGUCGUGCGGUCCUUGGGCGACUCUCUUGUGCUCCCUGUCGACGCGCUGGAGCAGGACUCGCGCAGCGCGUGUUCGUCGCUCGAUGGGCCUUUCUGCGUCGGUCUGCUUGGGACGAGAGGAAGCAUGGACGUGCUUGCCGGCACUCCCGUCUUUGGCGAGGGCAUCAACGGUCUCAAGGGGUGGAACGACGUCGGCAAAGGGAUGGAGUUCGAGGACGCGACUGCCGAGUCGAGCUUCGCGGCAGUUCGCUUCAACGCCUGGAAGAGAAACCUGACGUCUGCCGAUGAAGAGGCGCCGCCUGAGGACCUCUCACAGUCAUCUGUCUAUGCCAUCUCGAUCGGCCGCACUAUGGAUGACGUCGAGCAGCGGCUGACGACGCCCACGCCCCUCACCGACACGACGCCUCCCACCCAAUCCAUCGGCCGCCCUCUGUCGGGAUUGCUGUCGUUCGAGUCCCUCUCCCCCGUCUACCGAUACCUUCCCGUGUCGUUCUCGCGCGGCCUGCCCCCCAAAGUGCUCGCCACAUGGUCAUCAGGGUGGCAUCUGACGGGCUCUCGGCCGCAGGAGCCGCCCGCCGUCCCGCUGCCGUUGAGUGGGAGGACUGGUGUGGUUUUCGGGCAGCAGAGCGCGCCUGUGGACACGGUGCGCUUCAGCCGGGCAGUGGUAGUGUCGGGGCUGCUCAUGGUUAAACCUGACCCAAUGCGGAACUCUGGCUGGGUGCGUGUGGAGGGGCUGAGUGGCAAUGAGACCAUGUGGACGAUAGAGAUGGACCUCAAGGCCUUCCCCACACGCUAUGAGAACCUUCUGGCCGUCGACCCUAAGCUCUUCCCGCUCACUGAUUCGCCCUAUCGGCGCGUCACAGAGCUGCGGUUCAGCGCCUCGUCGCCAUUCGCCGCUCAGGGCGUGGUGCUGGGUGGUCUGCUCGUGCACGCGCGGCACCCUGACGACGUGGGGGGCUAUGAUGCGUCCUAUCCCGACCUGUCUGUGGACUCUCUUGACUAUGUCAUUGAUGGGGAGCCGGCCGGUGAGGCGCCCCCCUCACCAGUCCACGGGAGGGGGGGGGAGGCUCUGGCGUCGACAGUGUACCCCGACAGCUUUCGCGUGACCCUCCUGCGAGUCCACUAUGACCGCGACAAGGCCGGCGGCCUGGUGCUCAAGCCCGAGCCGACUGACGACCUCCGUUCCUCCCCCCUGCCCUCCCCCGCCCCCUCAUUAGUGCCGGCCAUCAGCCACGUGCAGACACAGUCGCUGGAUGUGCCCAUCGAGGCGCCCGUCAUGUCGGUCAUGGAUGCGUCGACACUAGGCCUGCGCGUCAGGGGGCGGACCACCGGACAGACGGCCUUCUCGCGAUGGCAGGGUGCCGAGGUCGAGGCGGAUGGGCUGGGCGGGCUGCUGGACGGGAAGGUUGCGACCUCGGGACCGAUCCAGGCGCUGCUCGACCAGCUCAAGGCGACAAUGAGCGGUUUGUUUGGCACUGAGGGCGGGCAGGCUGGCGGUCCCAUUGAGAUGGUCGUGUCGGUGGUCGAUACUGGCGAUGGCGAGAGCACCGUAUCGGUCCAGACGCUGGGCGGACACCCGGUGAGCAACCAGACCAGCCAGACGCAGAAUGAUCCAUAUGUGAUGACGUGUGUUCCUUCUUUUUCUUUGUGCGUGUGUGUAUGACUGUCAGCUUGACGAGUCGACUCGUGAGAUGGCUGAGUCGCUGGCCAAGAUGAUGACACCGCAGCUCACGGCUAACAAGGACAAACUCACCAAGCGGAAGAAGCCCGCCACCGCCGGCGAGGAGCCCCCACACCCAUCACAGCAUGAAGACGCAUAUCACGACCAGCAGCCGUCGGCACCAUCAUUAGAAGACAGCGACGCAUCCACUCUCUCGGAUCCAUCACAGCCAGAGGCCGACUCAUCAAACGUCUACCGGUGGAGCAAGAAACAUCAACACACAGACGAGGAGGACGACACAGCGGCAGAGGAGGAGGAUGAAGAUAUCGGUGAGGAUGACGAGUCGAUGCCGCUGCCCAAGAAGGGUCGGCGGGCGCUGGACGGCGGCAAGGGGUGGAUAGAGUGGGACGUGCUGCCCAUGGGCGAGAUUCAGAUGCCCGCAGAGGGAUUCGACAUGGCCAUGCUGCAGCAGGAACUCGAAAAACAACUCGGCAGCUUCGUUCAGGGUGAGUCAGACACACAGACACAGACACGCACGCCGAAAAGAGCCUGUAUCGCCAUGCAGCUCAUUGCGGGUGUGUUGUGCGUCAUGUGUCGAUCAGAGGUGCUGAAAGGCACUCAGGCGGCCAACGGUGACAACACCUCAUCCGACAACGACCAGAACGAACAACGGCGGCAGCAGAACAGCGGCGCACACGCAUAGACCCCCCCUCCCCGGCCUCCCACCAGCAGCAGCAGCAACAGCGGUCUGGAUGCAUGGCAUGGACCCCUCUUCUGUCCGUCCGUCAGUGCUGCGGUGUCCCUCCUUCCCCCUCCCCAUCUGUGUGCUGGCGGGGCGGGCUCCUCAAUCGAGGGCCUGCUGAGCUCAGCGGUGCGGCUGGGUGUGUGGUGUGGGAGGCGGGGGCAGCCACAGCCGAUGCGACUGAGAGCCAGACGAUUGAUGGAUGCGUCUUGUCAGCCGUGUUUUUUGGUGCGUGCGUGCGUGCGGCGAGGAGGGUCCAGGCGUGUGUGAAGCAGGCGACAUGUGAUAUCUUUUUCCCUGUGGGGUGGUUGUGCGUGGGCGUGCAUUGUACAGGCAGUCAGGCAGACACGCCCACGCACGCACGCACAGACAGAUUGAUUGAUGCGGGCCUUUAUUUCCUCAUUCUCUUUCUUGCUGGAAGGCUGCAUGAGUCAUCGAUCCGUGUACAGACAGACAGACAGACAUAGCGGUGCCGAUUUUUGCCCCUGUUGAGGUAUCUUUUUCUCCCCCUCUCGGAGCACAGACAGCAUGGCACGAGUGCAGGUGGGUGUAGAAUACCGACCGAGAGGGCCGCGGACGGACUCUCCUCUGUUUGAUGUGUGAAUCUGGCUGGGUGGCUGUGUGGCGGGCAGGCUGCCGUAUAGGCAAUGCAUGCGGACGCAUGCACCAAGGAGGGCUGGGAGGGAGAGUCAAUUAACGUAACGGCAGCCUGGAUUGCUGGGGUGGUGGGCUGGUGGUGUGGUGUGGCGGGGGUAUGGGUAUUUGUCCGAAGGUGUGCAUGUGAUGUGCCUCCAUCGACACGUGUGUGUGUGUGUGUGUGUGUUUGUUUGUGGACAUGGAUGACAUGAGAGACCCCACUCCUGCUGCCACGCACGUCUUGUCUCGAUGAAUGCUAUUCGUGGCUUGAUGAAACACUAUU